AUGGGGCGACGGGGCGGACAGCGAUGCCGGCGUUCUUCUCGAGCGAAUUUGACCUCGACCUCGACGGGGCAACGAGGUGGAAAGCGUCGCCGGCUUCCUCCUCCGGCGAAUUCGUUUGUCAGUAUAGCUGCUGAUUUGGGGAAUCAUGGGUUGAUCAUGGUGUUGUUUGAGACACCCUCGGGCUUUGCAAUUUUCUAUUUUGACGGGAUCAGCCUCUACGAACCAGAUGCCAUGGAGAAUAUAUGGGCGCACUUCGUCACGGAAUAUAGGGCAAGCCAUGUCAUUUGGCGAAAAGACUUUCAAGUUUUUAAGGACAAGUCUGAUGCCAUUAACCAUGAUAGUGGUCUUAACAAUCAGCUUACUAACAUGCUCUUGAAGUGGUACCAACCUGGGCAGAAACUUGCUGUUGGCAAGAUUGAAUAUAAAAUAGUCAUUGAAGCAAACUUGGGAAUAUCCUGCCUGUUUGAUGAACCUGUAAUGGAGCUGAUGCGUGGGCUGAACUAUCUCAUGCAUAGUGUAGUUCCUGAAGAAAAAUCAAAGCUAGCCGAGGAGCACUGCCUCCAGACGAGUCAAGGGCUGAAAAUGCUCCUUCAUCGUUAUGGCUUUGAUAUAAAACCGGAGAUGGUUAAUGAUUGCAUUAUUGUGACAGCAUGCAACUUAUAUGAUUCUGAUUGUUGUUUAAAGAAUCAAUUUAAGAGUUUGCGCCUUGCUAGUCACUUCCUUCAGGAUGUGUCAUCCAUUAAUUUUCAAGACUGGGACAUAUUGAAACUUGCAACAGCUCUGAAGAUGGUAUGUUACCCUGAAGACGAUAUCUUGUUUGGUAAUCCUGAUGAGAUGUUUUCAACAGAUGAGUUAUCAAAGUUAGUGGCUGAUGCACAUAAAUACGAAGACAGUGGGAUCAUUAAAGGAGCUAUUUUGAGGCUCUAUAAUUUAGUGGUGUAUCUCCUUAAUUGUAAGGCAAAGUAUCAGAGGAGAUUGGCCUCCUUCGUCAAGGAGGCUAAAGAAUCAUAUGAAGCUGAGCAAGUUGUUAGAGAGAGGGGUUCCCUUCGAACUGAUGCUUUUGAAGCGGACAUACAAGUUGGGGUACAAAUGGUUGCAGGAUAA